CCCUAUUUCCUUCCUGCCUGUGAUUGUGAUCGAGUGCGUGCGAGUUGUGUGUGUGAGUGUGUUGUUUGGGGAGGGUUUUGGUUGCUUUUUGUAAAUCUUCAUUAAAGGUGUAUUUGGUUUGGUGUGAUAGCUUUUGACGGUGGGAUUUACUUUGUUUUUUUUAUUUUUGAAACUAUUAUUUUGACCAAAACGUGAAGAGGCCUAGCAGCAGUCAUGUCCUCGGGCUGUCAGAAGACCGUGAGUCAGGCCAUCCCCACUCGCCGAGUGACGGUCAAUGACGCCGCACAGCUGCCUCACGAUUACUCCACCACCCCGGGAGGAACCCUGUUUAGCACCACUCCAGGAGGUACAAGAAUUAUUUAUGACCGCAAGUUUUUGAUGAAUUGUCGAGACUCUCCAGUUGCUAGGACUCCCCCUCGAUAUCUUCCUAACAUUCCUGGAGUCACCAGUCCAAAUACGGAUGAGAUCAAACUUGAAGCUGAUCAUGUCUCAGCUCAUGUUGACAAGCAAGCAGGAGGUGAUGAAUCACAAUUUGAAAUGGACAUUUAGGAUGCAACAUGUUACAGCCACAGAUAAAAGAAUCCAAACUGUCUUGUUGACAAGCUGAUAUUUCAUUAUCUAAGUUAACAUGCGUGCACCCUGCUUCCUCU